CUUUAGAAGAAUGCUUGUGGGCCCGUGGCACUCAAUAUUCAGCGUUUUUCAUUAACUUGUACUACACUUAAACAUGUGUUUUUCAGGUUAUUUUCCUUGUAAUGUACGACGGAUCGACUGGUGCCAAAAAAGCCAAAUAUCAUGCCUCGAAAAUUACCUUGAAAUAUGUGUAAUUGUCGCACUCAUGCGCCACAUUCACGUUCUUAUUGGGAGUUGUCAGUCACAACAAUAAUACUCAACAUACAUUUUGCAUAGUUCCUAUUGCAUACUGGUUUGGCAAAUCAAAACUUAAAAAUAAUAACGCAACAAAAAUUAUAAAUAAAUGAUGACUGUAUCGCUAUGACAAUAUAAAUAGAUGAAAACCAAUACAAAAUACUUUCCUUGAUAUUGUAUUGAGAUGGAUUAGCAGUUCCUGAUUCCAAAUAACCAAGUUAUAACAGAUAUCGUAUAAACAUGAAUUGCUAUUUGCUGUUUUUGCGUCUUCCCCUUUUCGAACAGAACGACACUGUCAUCGGAAAUCGGUGAAGGUGAAGUUAGCGAACCAAGAAACUUUAGUCGUACAAAGCCGUGUGGAUAUUGACUGAAAAUACUCGUUUUUGACUAACCAUUAAAAUUCCAGAAAAAAGGUACGAGUGGUCGCGAAUAAAGUGUGGAAGACUGCCGCAGGGCAUGUUUAUACCUGAGACACUGAGAAGCUGCAUGAUUGAGACGGACGUAUCUUCAUAUUUGCAAACAUCAUCCUCAGGACAGGUGCUGAUUUUUAAUUAAUCAAAACAAAAAAACAUGAUAACUAAACUGCCAUCAAAGCAAACAAAUAUCAGAUACUAUGUGCCGAAACAUAAAUACAAAUAAUGAGAGUUAAUAUAUGAUGCGAGUACAGUUAAUGCAUUUUAUGGAUAAUGAAGAUAAUAUUUAAAAGUUAUCUACAUAAACAAAUAAUUUACCUUGCGCAAAAAGAAGACAUAAAGUAUUACACUGAAUUGGAUCAUCACUAGCAAUCAAGACAGCGACUAAUUACUGCCACCAUUGUUUUUUCGCUUUUGUCCUUAAUGAUACCUCCUCGAUUAAUUCCAAUCACCAUUAAGAAAGUUCUACUACUUCUGUCAUCAUCGCAACUAAAUUAAUACUACUUUGUACUAAUAUACUAUACUAUACCUCCAUACACGUAUAAGCCUAAACGAAAAAAGAUGAAAAACAAAACCAAUAUGAACCAAAAAAACUAAAGUAACCAACGUAUGUACCAAAAGUGUCAUUGCUCAUUUCUAGUUAACUAAUUUCAGAGUCGCGUUUUAACUUCAGUUAAAUUCAUUAAUAUGAAAAGCAUAUGUUCAAGCAAAGUACUCCUAACGAGGCAUACGAAGAUGAAUUUCAUCCGUUCAUUGAGGCUCUCUUGCCGUUUGUCAAAUCGUUUUCCUAUUCAUGGUUCAAUUUGCAAGCUGCCAAACGAAAGUACUACAAAAAGCAUGAAAAACGUAUGUCACUGGAGGAGGAGCGACAUUGCAAGGAUGAACUACAAAAUGAAAAAGCGGAGGUAAAACAAAAGUGGGCGUCAAGGUUGUUAGGCAAACUGCGCAAAGAUAUUACUCAGGAAUGUCGAGAAGAUUUCGUGCAAUCCAUCACCGGUAAACGAAAAUCGAUUUGCGUACUUUCGAAUCCCGAUCAGAAAGGAAAAAUGCGACGAAUCGACUGUUUGCGACAAGCAGAUAAAGUGUGGCGCUUGGAUUUGGUUAUGGUUAUACUUUUUAAGGCGAUACCGCUCGAAAGUACAGAUGGAGAGAGACUAGAAAAAAAUCCCGAAUGCACGCACCCUAGCCUAUGUGUAAAUCCUUAUCAUAUAAAUGUAUCUGUUCGUGAACUGGACCUGUAUUUAGCGAAUUUCAUCAAUACACAUGAUCCACUACACAGUCCAACUACGCCAUCGCCGCCGCCUACAUCAACAGCAUUAUUCUCGUUUAAUAAUGAACACAACCAUGUAAACGUCAACAGUAAUACGAAUGGCAACAAUAACAACAUGAAUGAAAUAAAGAAAGAUGAUGAAGCACGCAAACAGAAAGGUUACAGCCAUAAUCCUUACAAUGGAGUUAUAUGUAACGAUAUAAUAUUGGCUACUGGUGUUUUUUCAUCCAAGGAAUUGUGGAGACUCUCUAAAGCAUCUAUUCUCGAUGAAGCAAGUAAUAGCUUAUUAUCUGCAAAUGUUAGUCAUAUUAAAAUGGAGAAUUCCGCCGGAGCCUAUGAAUGUAACACAUAUCAGUUGCCACCAUCAUCAAUUGGCGUUGGUGUUGAUGUCCCCAGCAACUUGGCAGCGACAAAUAAUAUGUUAGCAAACACGGAUUCCAGCCGAUCGGUUGCAUCGGGUUCUUCCAUGAUUGUUCCUGCUGGGUAUAGUAUCGACUUCGUUGAUCCACGCAAUAUGCAUUUGCCUCCAUCUCCCCUUUUAAGAGCUCAAGGAACAGCCGGUGUAUCUGUAUGUAAAACCGACACGUGUGCUUCACCACCUGAUGUUGUGGGAAACAAUAGUAGCGGUAGUGGAUUUUCUGUGAUAUUGCGUCCAAGUGAUUCGACGGGUGCAAACAUUCAAGGAGGUGAUAUAUCGACGCUUCAACGGUAUACGCCUACACUAAAUCGCUCAUUAUUAAAUAUGAGUCAAGUGCGAUCGAAUGAAGUCUUAAUCCAGCACAAUGUUACUUCGGCGUUGGUCACUAAUUCAGUGAGCCCUGGCGCAAUGUACUAUCAAUUACAUAAUAGUCCAAAUGGUCCAUCAGAUUCCAAUGAUAGCAGUACUCAGCAUAACCAUCACCAAAGGCAACAAACCCAACACCAUGAACACCAACAAAAUUUACACAGUCAUGGCUCCCAAAUAACAGCAGCUGCUGCUGCAGCUGCAGCUGCUUCGAUUUCCAAAUAUUCUUCGGAAGUUGUAAGUGGACAUGAUAUGUCCGAGUUUGUCACCUAUGUUUGUCAAGAAACGGGAAAUAGCACUGCUCAUAUUAAUGAAGUACAUCACCCGCUACACCCUCAAACCCAUUUUCAGUUACAAACAGUAACUGCAGGCGGAACGACAUCUAGUCGUAAUACCAAAUUAUCGUCCGCAGCGCCAACCGCACCAGCCUCUCAUUAUCAACAGUACAGUACCAUGUUACCUCCGCCACCUUUGCCACCGAUGGCGCGGCCAGUCGCUAUUAUCCGGUCCACAGGUGAUUUGACAAUGGUAGAAUCCCCACCAUCAUCUGGAACACCUCCAAACUCAAAUCAAUUGGCUAAGGAAUCAACAAGACAUCAGCAAUCGCAGCAGGAUCAACAAAAUCAUCAACACCAUACACAGUGCCACACGCAAUUACAUACACAACAUACUACAGUCGAGCACAGUGAACCAAAUGGUCAAAUCGUGACGUCGAACACAACCACUAACACUGGUGGUGGCAACGGUAAUGCAAGUUCGGUUUCGAGUACAACGGAUGCGAUCAACGCAGUGCCCAGUUCCAAUAUGCAAACGAAUACAUCAGCUACUAGUGGAAGCAAUAAUAGUAGUUGUAGUUCAACCGAUAUUGUAGUGUCUAGUUCGCCACCCCCUCCGAUAAGUCCACAAGGACAUAUAGACGUUGUACGAACCACAAAAUCCUCGACGCUUGGUCGCCUUGGCGCACAAUCGUACUCGCCAGCCACGAGCCGGGAGUAUUUCAAUCAUUUCCAUUCGCAAACAACUCCAAUUCUUGGUUACACUAGUUCAAUCUCUACAAUUUCCGGUGUUAUCAGUCCAACUAAUCUUAGUUUGUAUUCAUCCCCGAUCGCUGGUGGUUCAAAUGUACCGCAUCGGUCUACACCACGGCCACGCUGGAACCCGCCGUUCCUUAUGGAGGAUGAGUUUAGCAUGAUGCCACAUUCAGUGUCCAGCACAAAUUCUGAAAGCACUCCCGUGAUACUAAUGGAAGACGCCGGCCGAUAUAAUGAGGAAUAUACUCAGAAUCGCGACUACAUUACAUGAUUAAAAAUAUAAGUUACAGGUGACUACUAAUGAGAUAACUGGAACUGCUUAGGUAAUAAUAGUUAGGGUUUACAUGUAAGUUUUUCAUUUUAAGUGAAUAUUGUUCAGAUUAUAUAAAGAAAUUAUAUAAUUAAUAAAACAAUGCAUACUAUUAUAUAUGGAUGUCUGUAUACUUAAAUACACACCAGAGAGCUGCAACGGGUAUAUCAUUUUCGUGCACACUCGAAUGUCCACUCUGAUUUUGUUUGAUCAAACUUUUCGGUAUGAAUACACGUAUUGAUCGCUUGGAGACAUGUUCAAAACGAACGAGCCUUUCGCGACACUCGAAACACAAGCAUAUAUGCUUGUUUUAACAGAGUGCCUAGUUGACACUCGUUUGUGAACGAGCUGGAACUCUAACCCGAUCGUAUUGAAUGUGAUCGAGUCACACACGAGUGUGCAUAAAUUUUGAGAAUAUGUAUGUAUGUAAUUGGCAGACAUGCUAUUAUUGCGUAGUGAUUGUCAACGAUUAGUGGUUUUGUUUGUUUUGUUUACUUUUUAUAAUUCAUAAUGACAACGAUAGAAAAUUUCUGUUGUGAGAACAUUUCCAAUGGCACAAACACCUUAUCUGGUCUACACCUGAAAUUUGUGAUUUAAAAAAAAUUAAAAUAUUUAAGUGCAAUGAAAUGUUUUUUAUUUAUGAUUUAUAAAUUAAUAAAUAAAAUAAGUCUUGAGUGAAUUCUAUUCUUAAAUUGAAUUAUUCUUUUAUAAUAUGUACUAUGUACGUCUAAUAUUCAAAUUAUUCAACCAAAAAAGCUAAGACAGAACGCGUCAUUCCAACGCCAACAUAUGUACAUACAUAUGUGUGUACUUAUGUUUAUCAAUUAUUUUUUGGUUUUCGAGUGCCACUCGAGUGUGUUGAUCACAAUCAACACGUGCACGACACACCCGAAAAUAUAAUAUACAUAAAAUCCGAGUUUACUGCUUGAACUCGAACAUAGGAGCGUCGUGAUUGUUCGUUUGCGUUAUUUUCGCUUCGGGUUCCAAACUCGAUCGAACACGUGUUUGAAGAGUGUUACGACACACUCGUACCGAAUUUAAGCUAGUGUGAUUGAACACACUUGAACAUACCCGAAGCUGCUCUCUGAUACACACAUAUUUAUAGACACAUUCAUAUUUAUAUAGUAAUUCAUAUUAUAGCAAAUAAUACAUAAUAUGAAUUUUUAUAUAGUACAUGGACCUUUAAACACACUUCCAUGAAUGCAUGAAUUAGACAUUUAAUAAAUGUAUUUGUCUCCUAAUUUGGUCAAUUGAGGAUGAUGGUCUAAUUCACGCACGUGUUAAAGUAUGUGUACAAAUAUAUAUAUAGGUAGUAAACAUAUAAAUAUAUCUAUGUACUAAGUGCAUUCUAUACUUAGAAGUAGCAAACAAAAUCUACUAUGUGCAUAAAAAAUACUUACAUAUAUGUACACAUUCAUAUCUGUUCAUAAUUAUAUAUUUAUUUAUAUGGCCAGAGUGAAUGAACAAAGCUUUUUACAAGUUCAUUAGGUUUUUUAUUAGGGUUAUUAUUUAUAAUUAUGAACAUAGGUAUACUCUCAUAAGCGGUUACUAUUGUACAAAGGUAUGUAUGCAAAUAAAUAGGUGCAUAUUAAUAUUUAACGUAUUUAAACUUUGUUAUAAUACAGGCAAGUCAAUUCAAUACUUAAAAAGUGCUGUCUCAUGCCUGAGAAUCACAAUAAAGAAAUGCAUUACUAUAGAUUCUUAGAAAUAUUAUUACUGUGAUGAAUGAAACAUGAAUUGAUGUCACGGUAUGAUGGUAGUUAACCUUUUUCAUUGUAGUAAAAACGAAGAAGACGCUUUAGAUUAAGUUGAAGAAAAGGCUAUAUGAACUGAGCUUUGAAUAAUUUUUAAGAUCCAUGCAUACUUGCGUACGUACAUAUAUGUAAUUUGGGAUUCUAAAUUAUUGGAGUACAAUUCUCAAUUGAGCUGAAUACAUAUAUAUAUAUAUAUAUAUGUACAUAUAUACACAUGUACAUAUAUACACAUGUACAUAUAUAUUUUAUACUUAUUUUAUAUAUUAAGAAACACAUUGUCUAUGAUUAUACUCUCGCAACAAAGUUGCUAAAGAGAAUAUUAUAGUUUUGUUCACGUAACGGUUGUUUGUGUCACCAAGAAAUAAAAGAGUUAGAUAUGGGCUUAUAAAUAUAUAUAUAUAUAUACAUAAAUGAUCAGGAUGACUAGUGGAGUUGCAAUCCGGAUGUCUAACCGUCCUUGAGUAAAAAUUGAGAUGUCUUAAUGAAACUUGGUACACAUAUUCAUUAGCACCCUGAGGAGGUUGGUAGUGAAAACGGGCAAAAUCGGGCCACUGCCCCUACUAAGUUUUUUUUACAUAUCUCGUAAACUACUAAAGCUAUAUCAACGAAACUCCCAGGAGUCGUUUUCUUCUGGCAUUUCUUUAUAUAGUCCAAAAAGGGAGGAAAUCGGAUUAUAACCACAUCUACCUCCCAUACAAAGGUUAUGUUGAAAACUACUAAAAACGCUUUAAUUCAUUAAAGAAAAGCACUAUAAACGUUAAAUUUCAUGGUAAAGAUGGUACAGACGAGCUGCACUAAAAUUGGUAUACAAAGUUUGAAAUGGGCGUGGCUCCGCCCACUUAUGGGUCAAAAACCAUAUCUCCGAAACUACUCGAAAUUCGGUUCAUAACAUUCUCCUGACAGUGAAGAUUUCGGAACAAAACUUUGCACAAAUUCUGCAUUUAUAGAGUGGGAUCGCCUUUCUAAAAUUCGUUGAAAUCGGAUAAUAAGAUGUCAAGACCCCAUAUAGCGACCAUGAAGGCCUCAGUUCUUCUAAUACAUUUUGUAGCGAAAAUAUAGGUAAGUUUCUCAGAUAUUUUGAAGAAAUUCAGAGGGAAUAUUUGUCUUCUAAUAAUAUACCUCCGUGCCAAAAAUGAGUGAAAUCGGGUAAUAACUUCCCCUAGUUUCCAUAUACCUUAUGUUAGGGUUUUAUAACUUUCAAUGGACUUUAUACCGUAUAUAUGCCAACUACGUGAAUCAAAUUGUGUGUUAUAUUAAUAAAAUUAAAUAAAUAAAUUGCGAGAGUAUAAAAUGUUCGGUUACACCCGAACAUAGCUCUUCCUUACUUGUUAAUAUUGUUUUUGCACAUUAUUUACUGUUAAAUAGUUUUAGGUAGUUGUUAUCGCUAUUUUGUAGGGUGUAUGCGCGAGCAUAUACUAUGUAACACUACAUAAUUUGGUUGAAUAUACAUUUAUAGAUCCUCUUUAUAUCGUUUAUGCGUUCAUUUUCCAAAAAUUCCAAUAAUACGUUUUUGUAUUUGUACAUAAAUAUUUUUAAACACUAUAUUAAGUGUAGUAGACCGAUUUGUUGAGUUCUAAUGUAAGAAUUUCGUAUUACAUUCAACAUCAGGCGCUUUCCCGUUUACGUUUUUGUAUUUGUAUAUAAAUAUUUUUAAACACUAUAUUAAGUGUAGUAGACCGAUUUGUUGAGUUCUAAUGUAAGAAUUUCGUAUUACAUUCAACAUCAGGCGCUUUCCCGGGUUUCAGUAGAGUUCAUACCGCAAUUAACAACAAUAUACAUAUAUAUAUGGCAGUGGACACUUUCAAUAUGUUCUAGGUUACUUCUGUAAUUAAAUACCGAACAAAAUAAAAUUACUUUUCCUCAAUAUUAUUUGUUAACUACUAUCAUGACUGACUGUAGCUUCUUGGGUCUACAAUUAAGAUCUGACCAGGGGAUUUUUGACCAUUAAUUCUAUAUUAAUACACCGAAUUUCUAUGGUACCAAGGAUAAGCUGAAUAACCUUAUUCGAGUAAUUACAAAGUGGUUACUUGGGUUCAUACCGUUAAGGCUGUAUGUAUGUAUGCGUUGUAUAUUGACGCAACUAAAAACAAUAUUGGUGGAAUAUGGACCUACUUAACGGCAUGUUGAGGCAAAUAUAUGUAAAUUUACGUACAUUAUUAUAAUUAAAAAGUGUGCAUACCCUCAGCAAAAUUCAAAUGGGAUUUUCAUAAUAAAUUAACAAAGUAUUAUUUUUUUUUAUAAUAGAUUUGAUGUUUUGUAAUUAUUGCGUUUAUGUAAAGUACAUAUGUAUGUAAAUAUGCGUAUGUUGCUACGGUGGACAUUCAUAAUCUACUUGUGUGGUUUUUAAAACAUUGUACUCAAUAGUGAAUUAGUAAACUGAAACUCUAAGUUCCGAUAACUUUCAUAUACAAACAUGUAAUUAUGUAUAAUGGUUGCUUGGCUGACUCAGCUUCAAACUAUACCAUGUAUUUAUGUAGAUAGGAAAGUUGAAAAUGAGGUGACAAAAUAUACAACUCAUUCAUUAAGAUUUAUAAGCGUACAAGCAACGGCUUGCAUUCAUAUAAACUAAAAGAUUAAAUUGAGACAAUAGUAGAUAUAAUUAGAACAUAUGUAUAUUUAUUCAAUAAAUUUAGCAGCUAAUUUUAUGAAAACGUACAUAAAUAAUGGAAAUAUAAACAUAAAUCAGUCUAUAGCUAUUGCGUAGAUGAUUUAGAAUAAUAAAUAAAUUUUAAAAUAUUUAUACAUUAAUAAAUUAUGUAUUAAAAAUAUAUAUAAUAUAAAUAUGCUUGUAUAUAAAAAUACAGAAAUCUCCGGUUAGUUGAAUUUGAAGACUUGUACAUUAGUUAUUUAAUUAUCUGGAGAUUGAUUAAUUUAUACUCGCUUAAUUUUAGAAUAGCCUGACCAAGCGAAAAUUUCAAGACCAAUUAAAGGAAAACGCUAAAUGCAAUAAAAAUGUGUAAUUUAUUUUUUAAGGUUAUAAGGUUUUUAAGCAACUCAUUUCAUCAUUUAGUUCAAGCAUUUACAUAUUUUGCGGUGGUUAAUUUUGAUAUUAUAAACACAUAAAGGUUACAGGGGUCAAUUACGUUGGAAUAAUGUGCAUACAUCAUCAAUAACAUAUCGAGCCUUUACCGCCAUUUUAGCGUAAGCGACAAAAACCAAAAUUUAAUUAAGCAUUAAUGUAUGAGAAAUUUUAAAUUACUACCACAUUAAAGGUUAAAAGUAUUUAAAAAAAACCUUCUCCUGUAAAGUUUGGUUUUUGUCGCUUACGCUAAAAUGGCGGUAAAGGCUCGAUAUAUUAUAACGAAACAUUUACAAACAUAGAUGAGAGAGUAUUAUAGUUUUGUUCACAUAACGGUUGUUUGUAAGUCAUAAAACUAAACGAGUUAGAUAUAGGGUUAUAUAUAUCAAUGAUCAGGGUGACGAGACGAGUCAAAAUCCGAAUGUCUGUCUUACGUUCGUCCGUGCAACGGAUAACUUGAGUAAAAAGUGAGAUAUCUUGAUGAAUCUUGGAACACAUGUUCCUUGGGACCGUGAGAGCUUUCAAAAAUGGGCAUACCACGCCCACAAAAUGGCGAAAACCGACAACAGAUAAAGUAACCAUAAAUAAAGUUAUACAAGUAAAAUUUGGAAGAAAGUACUGCACCAGGAAGGGGCAUAUUUGGAUGUUAUUUUUACAUAUCUCGUAAAAAGAAUGAAGCUAUAUAAACCAAACUUUAUGCAGUCGGUUCUCUUACGUAUUAAUAAAAAUAAAUCAGUAAAUUGCGAGAGUAUAAAAUGUUCGGUUGCACCCGAACUUAGGCUUUUCUUUCUUGUUAUAAUUAACCUAAAGCUAAAUGUUAUACUUGCUUUCGUUACCGAACCGUGCUGUUGAACUGAAUACCAGCCUCACGGUUUUAAUUGACUUAUUGAAUACUUCCAUAGAUGCCUAUAACGGCAUAAUGGCCACUACCGUAAUACCAUAAGGUUUUUAUACUCUCGCAACAAAGUUGCUAAGAGAGUAUUAUAGUUUUGUUCACAUAACGGUUGUUUGUAACACCCAAAACUAAACGAGUUAGAUAUAGGGUUAUAUAUACCCUAAAGUGGUCAGGGGGAAGAGUGGAGUUCAAAUCCGGAUGUCUGUCUGUCCGUCCGUAAUUCUGUGCAAGUUUUAACUUGAGUAAAAAUUAAGAUAUCUUCAUGAAACUUGGCACAUUGAUUUCUUGGCACCAUAGGAAGGUUGCUUUCGAAUAUCACUAUCGAAUACCACUGCAACGCCCACAAAAUGACCAAAAACACAUAAAGUGCCAUAACUAAGCCAUAAAUAAAGCUAUGGAAAUAAAAUUUGAUACAAAGGAUCGCACUAUGAAGGGACAUAUUUGGAUGUAAUGUUUUGGGGAAAGUGGGCUUGGCACCGUACAUAUCUCGUAAACUACUAAAGCUAUAUCAACGAAACGAAGAGGGAAGCGAGACGCAUUUACAGACAAAAAAAGAAAGAGGCCGAAAUGCGUGAGUAUGAAGAGCUUGACAAGCUGGCCGACAGGGGUAAUGUUCGGAAAUUUUACGAAAAGAUCCGGCGACUAACUGAACUCAUGAAACUUGGCACACUGAUUUCUUGGCACCAUAGGAAGGUUGCUUUCGAAUAUCACUAUCGAAUACCACUGCCACGCCCACAAAAUGACCAAACACAUAUAAUGUUCUAUAACUAAGCCAUAAAUAAAGCUAUGGAAAUAAAAUUUAAUACAAAGGAUCGCACUAUGAAGGGACAUAUUUGGAUGUAAUGUUUUGGGGAAAGUGGGCUUGGCACCGUACAUAUCUCGUAAACUACUAAAGCUAUAUCAACGAAACGAAGAGUGAAGCGAGACGCAUUUACAGACAAAAAAAGAAAAAGGCCGAAAUGCGUGAGUAUGAAGAGCUUGACAAGCUGGCCGACUGGAAAAGAUCCGGCGACUAACUGAAGGUUUCAAGACCGAAGCACACUCCUGUUGGACCCCCAGAGGUGAUCUAGUUAUUGAUGACCAGAGUAUACUGAGUUUGUGGAGGGAACACUUCUCCAGCCUGCUGAAUCUCAGUGAAAGUACAACACCAGGAGAUGGUGAACCCGAUUCCCCAAUCGACGACGAUGGAGCAGAUGUUCCAUUGCCCGACUGUGAAGAAAUUCAAAUAGCAAUUACCCGCUUGAAGAACAAUAAGGCGGCGGGUGCCGAUGGAUUACCGGCCGAGCUAUUCAAAUACGGCGGCGAAGAGCUGAUAAGGUGCUUGCAUCAGCUUCUUUGCAGAAUAUGGUCGGAAGAAAGCAUGCCUGACGAUUGGAAUCUCAGUGUACUCUGCCCAAUACACAAAAAGGGAGACCCCACAAUUUGCGCCAAUUACCGUGGGAUAAGCCUCCUCAACAUCGCGUAUAAGGUUCUGUCGAGCGUAUUGUGUGAAAGACUAAAGCCCACCGUCAACAAACUGAUUGGAACUUAUCAGUGUGGCUUUAGACCUGGAAAAUCAACAACAGACCAGAUAUUCACCAUGCGCCAAAUUUUGGAGAAGACCCGUGAAAAUAGGAUCGACACACACCAUCUCUUUGUCGACUUUAAAGCUGCUUUCGACAGCACGAAAAGGAGCUGCCUUUAUGCCGCGAUGUCUGAAUUUGAUAUCCCCGCAAAACUAAUACGGCUGUGUAAGCUGACGUUGAGCAACACCAAAAGCUCCGUCAGGAUCGGGAAGGACCUCUCCGAGCCGUUCGAUACCAGACGAGGUUUCAGACAAGGUGACUCACUCUCGUGUGAUUUCUUUAACCUGAUGCUGGAGAAAAUAAUACGAGCUGCAGAGCUAAACAGAGAAGGUACAAUCUUCUAUAAGAGUGUACAGCUACUGGCGUACGCCGAUGCUAUCGAUAUCAUUGGAAACAACACCCGCGCCGUUAGUUCUGCUUUCUCCAGACUGGAUAAGGAAGCGAAGCGUAUGGGUCUGGUGGUGAACGAGGACAAGACGAAAUAUCUCCUGUCGUCAAACAAACAGUCAGCGCAUUCGCGUCUUGGCUCCCACGUCACUGUUGACAGUCAUAACUUUGAAGUUGUAGAUAAUUUCGUCUACCUGGGAACCAGUAUUAACAGCAAUAACAAUGUCAGCCUGGAAAUCCAACGCAGAAUCACUCUUGCCAACAGGUGCUACUAUGGACUAAGUAGGCAAUUGAAAAGUAAAGUCCUCUCUCGACGAACAAAAACCAAACUCAACAAGUCUCUUAUCAUUCCCGUCCUACUUUACGGUGCAGAAGCGUGGACGAUGUCAACAUCCGAUGAGACGCCACUAGGAGUUUUCGAGAGAAAGGUUUUACGGAAGAUUUAUGGUCCCUUAAGAAUUGGCAACGGCGAAUACCGCAGACGAUGGAACGAUGAGCUGUAUGUGUUAUUCGACGACAUAGACAUAGUCCAGCGAAUAAAAAAACAGCGGCUACGCUGGCUAGGACAUGUUGUUCGAAUGGAUGAAGGUGCUCCAGCUCUGAAAGUAUUCGAUGCAGUACCCGCUGGUGGAAGCAGAGGAAGAGGGAGACCUCCACUCCGAUGGAAGGACCAGGUGGAGAGGGACCUGGCUUCGCUUAGAAUAACCAAUUGGCGCCAAACUGCCAGAAGGAGGGAUACGUGGCGCGCUGUUUUGGACUCGGCUAUAACCGCGUAAGCGGUAUCCACGCCAGUCAAGAAGAAGAAGAAAUAAAUUGCGAUAGUGUAAAAUGUGCAGAAUUUAGCCCUUCCUGACUCGUUUUGAUUUAGACAGUUGCCGUUUAUGAGUUUUUCUACAUGAUAGUAAAUUUCUUUUGCGAUAUUGGGACAUCAGGCAGUGAAGUCUUGUAUUUAGCGUGACGGUUUAAGGAUUUUUAUAUUUAAAUAAUUACAGUAUUUGGGUUUUGGUAUAUUAUUAUUUUUUAUUGUAACAAAAGCAGUACUAUUUAUUGUAUCGUUCUUCGUUUAUAGAUUUCAAAUUAAGAUGAAAUAAUUAAUUAUCAAUCUAUUUCGCUUUGACCUUUUUGUUUGGCAAGAAAUUUGACGAUUUAAUUACACAUCGGUGCUGGGCAUGCAAACCAUGUGCCACUUCACAUUCA